AUGCCAGUAGACGAAAACAAGAACCUCUACCACGAGGCCCCCAAACCCACCGACCCGGCCCACGCCUCGUCGGCCAACACCAACCACACGACCAAAUCCGGCACCAAGCCCACGUCGGCCGUCGAAGCCAUCACGGACCCCGACUUUUUCCCCACGCUAGAAAAAGCGCCCUUGGCACAGAAAGUAAAGUCGACCCUCUUUCUCGCCGUCCUCGUCUAUGGCGCCGUGGCCGCGCUGUGGUUAUUUGGCUUUACGCUCUUCCAACAAGAACAACCCCCCAACCCACAAGAAGCUGCUGGCGGCGCCGGCCCCAUGAUUGUAGAGAUUCCCCUAGCUCUACCCGACGAUGCUGUAAACGAGACUGCAUUGACCGACUCGCUGGCCGCUGCUGCUCGCGAAGUGGGUCUCAUGACCGCAGGCUUUGGCACGGUGAUUUUGGCCAUGUUGUAUUCUACUGGCACCACGAAUGUGGAUUUUUGGAGCUUGGUCAUGGAGUAUGGGUGGUGGACCCUGCCAGUGAUGGGUGCAGCUGGUUUGCUGUUUGUCAUAAUGCAAGAAGACUCUGAAGAUAUCAAAUAUGUGAGUUGA